AUGGCGGCUAUCGCGGACGCGCUCGACAAGGUCGAGCGCUCAGGAUUCCAGGUGGCUCUGCAGCAGCUUCUCCGUCUAGAGCAGGUCGACGGAAAGCCCUCUGCUCAAGGCCUGCCGGUUGGGCGUUGUGGCCACUCCGCAUGCCUGUGGGAAUCAUCGCUUUCACAAGGAGAUGCCGAGUUUCACGAUCAUGAAGUUACAACAACAACUGGACUGCAGGUCAUCGUCUUUGGCGGAUGUGGUGGAAUGAAAUACGAGAGAACUGCGCUAGCUGAUCUUUGGUCCUUGGACUGCGAUACUUGGGCAUGGCAGCAACACACAUUUACAGGCACAUCGCCUGCCCCGCGGCAAGGACACUCAGCAGUCGUGAAGGGGAACAUGAUGUUUGUCUUCGGCGGUAAGAUUCCAAACCAGAAUAAGCCCGAUAAACCGAGUACCAAGUUUUUCGUGUUUGGAGGGGCAUCGUGUGAAGCAUCUGAAAAUCCCAGGCGAUUUCAGACGCAGCUCUGCUCGGAUGUUGGUGUUCUAACUCUCGCUGAGGAAUGCCACUGGGACUUCAUCACGACAGUCUCGGCCGCGGCGGCCGCAGCGGAGCAACGAGAGACCGUGGAAAGGUCAAGUCAACUUAAACGAAGGGCGCAAGGGAGCAUUGCUAAUGCCUCACAGCAGGCGAUGUCAGUAAAUGCAGAUAUUCCCGUUCCUCGAGAGGGCGCUACAAUGGCAUAUUUUGCCGAAGACUCGACUUUGGUUGUCUUUGGUGGCUGGUGGGUUACAUUACAGAAGAAGCAGUCCACUUCCAACAGGAGCGGGAAGUGGCUUGGGGACCUCUGGGCAUGUUGCGUCUCCUCUGUUGUGGGCCCUCCGUAUGCUGUCCUUGGCCUGUCUCCACCUUGUGGCCCAAUGACUGGAGGCACGCCAAUAAUACUUAAAGGCGCCGGAUUUACAACCGGGUCUAUCACUGUUCGAUUUUCUGUUGGAGAUUUCUUCGCCGACGUCCCCGGCACCUUCGUAUCGUCAACGGAAAUUCAUGCCGUAACCCCAAACGUCAAGGCUGCCCUCGGUCCACGGACAUGCGAGGUUCGCGUCAAAAUUGGAGCCAAAGACUUGACGUCUUCUCUUUGUUCAUUUCAGUUCUAUGCUAAUUCUUGCGCUUCGUGCUGCCUUGCUGUGGGGCCUGGGCUGCUUUCUGAUGGAGCCCCUGGUGUGCCUACUUCCUUCUUUAUCGAGGCAAGGAAUGCGCAAAAUGGAAAGAGAACCACGGGCGGGGAUACGUUUGAGCAGCAGCAGUUGCCCCAGGAGCCAGUCGACGAGGAGGAAGCUGAGGCCAAGCCUGUGGAGCCACCCGUGUACCUGCCAGUAUCCAUUACCGACUACGGAAAUGGCACAUAUUUGGCUACAUACACUGCUCCUCGGCCUGGGAGGGUCUCUGUAUCAGUUCUACUUGACGCACAGGACGGCACACCUCCUCAAGAAAUCCGGGGCUCGCCUUACACUGCCACGACAAUCUUCCAUCUGCAGAAUGAGCGUGAGAUCGUUCAGGCGAAAGUAAAGCAUGAUGACCGCCGCAGCCUUCUAGACGUCCGGCAGCACAUCAAAAAUGUGGAAACGCUGAGGACUGAACAUGAGCUCUACAUAGAAGUCUUACAGGUUGCUUUGCAGAAGUUGCAGGAGCUAGGCGCCAAUGUCGAUUCAAGCAACAGGGCACUUAAAAAGAUAGGCGAAAAAAGAGCUGCCCUCGAGGCCUCUGCAGAGAAACGAUGCCAUGAAAUGGCAGACGCAUUUGACGCCGAAGCGGCGAGGACGAGAAAGGCUAUAGAAGAGCUAGAUACGUCUGUCAACGCCCUCCACCAGACGUUAGCGGGAGAGUGCUUCUACUCGUUCAGCACAUCCCCAACAGAGGCAAGAGCAAGAAUAAAGGAGACCUCAGAACGCACCAAUGAACUGCUCCGCACGAUGGAGGCAUUGCAAGUUCCAGCCGCCUCUUUUGACUUCCCUGAGCUGCUAAGUACAUCACGCCAGAAUCUUGUUACAAUGGAAGACGAGCUGCGGAAUGUGACGCAGUUUUGGAAUGUUGCAGAGUCGAUGCUGCACCAGAUUGAAGAGUACCGAGGGCUUUUGUGGCAGGAAGUCGAUGGAGUCCAGAUAGAGAUUGCCGUAAAAGCCAUGCAGAAAAGCUUGCAAAAGGAUAUAAAGGUCAGGCCUGGAUAUCUGUGGAGAACCAUCGAAACGUAG